AUGAGCGGGAGGGAAGGCGGAAAUGCAGUUCCGUCUUCGAGUAACGGUGGCGUGGUGACCGGCGUGACACGGCGGGGUCGUUGCAAAUGGUUCAAUGUUUCUAAAGGCUGGGGGUUCAUCACUCCAGAUGAUGGUGGUCAAGACGUAUUUGUUCACCAGAGCGUUAUUCAGAUGCCAGGCUUUAGAUCGUUGGGUGAUGAAGAGCUAGUGGAGUUCGAAUGCAAAGAGUCCGAUAAAGGACUAGAGGCCACCCGCGUGUCUGGACCCUCUUCUGUCGAUUGUCAAGGCUCACAUCGACGUCCUCUAUCGAAAAAACGUUUCAGGAAAAUACGGUGCUACAACUGUGGCGAAUUCGCAAAUCACAUAGCCGCCAAGUGCAGCAUGGGCCCUCAACCAAAGAGAUGCCACAAUUGCAAAAGCGAGGAUCACCUUAUCGCGGAAUGUCCUAUAAAGGUGGAGAAGAAAAAGGAUGACUCGCAAUCGAAGAAUUCAAGCAGCUCUCAGGAAAGCCCGCAGGGAAGCCCUCAGCAGCCGUAA